GGGCGCCUGUGAGGCGGACUGCUUCGCGUUCGGGGUUCGGCGCGGCCCUCCGAGAUGUGGUGCCGGCUCGGCUCUCGGUUCCUGCGGCCGUUCCCUCCCCGGCCACGCGUGGCCCGAGGCGCGCUGCGUGUGCCGGCCCUGGCGCUGGCCGCUCGGCCGUCCUCUCUGCCCGUGUGGGCGCUGGCGGCCGUGUCCACGGGCGCGGGGCCGGGCGGCGCGGGCGGCUGGUACGAGGCCCUGGCCUCGUCGGCGCCCGUGCGGGGCGCGGAGGACGUGCUGCUCGGCGCGCACGCCGCCAGCGGCCUGCCGUGGUGGGGCAGCAUCCUCGUCACCACCGCGGCCCUGCGCGGGGCCGUCACCUUGCCCCUGGCCGCCUACCAGCACUACAUCCUGGCCAAGGUGGAAAAUUUGCAGCCAGAAAUAAAAAGCAUUGCUAGGCACCUUAACCAAGAAGUUGCAAUUCGUGCAAAUCAGUUGGGAUGGUCUAAAAAUGUUGCCCGACUCACUUACCUCAAGAACAUGCGGAGACUUGUUUCAGAGCUGUAUGUUCGGGAUAACUGCCACCCUUUCAAAGCCACUGUAUUGGUCUGGAUUCAGCUCCCGAUGUGGGUCUUUAUAUCUGUUGCUCUCCGGAAUUUUAGCACAGGAGCAGCACAUUUAGAAGGUUUGUCUGUUCAGGAGCAGUUGGCUAGUGGUGGAGUCUUGUGGUUUCCUGACCUCACGGCUUUGGAUUCCACUUGGAUUCUGCCUAUCUCUGUUGGUGUCAUCAAUUUAUUAAUAGUGGAGAUGUUUGCUUUACAGAAAUUGAGAAUGUCUCGUUUCCAGUUGUAUAUCACAUACUUCCUUCGUGCAGUAUCACUGUUGAUGAUUCCAAUUGCUGCAACAGUACCUUCAUCGAUUGUUCUCUACUGGUUGUGCUCCAGCUUCAUGGGCCUUUCACAGAAUUUGCUGCUGCGUUCUCCUAGGUUUCGACAGCUUUGCCGAAUCCCGCUGACUCAGUCAGACUCAGUUACUCCUUAUAAGGACCUCAUUACUGCCUUUAAUGCCAAAUUCAUUUCAAGAAAAUGACUUAUCUUCCAUUUAAAACAUUUACAACCAUCACUGUCAUCUUUAUGUAUUUUAGAAGAUUUAGAAAUUCAGAAUCAACU